UUAUUCCCGCCCGCACCUGACAGCGGUGGGCGAAACCCGCGCAGCUCCAGACUAGCAGAGCCAGUCUCACUGACGGGCGCCAGUCGACAGACUCGCGCUUUCUGAAGUCUCCGUGCUCCUCCCGACACCUGCUGUACCCCGGCACAGCUUCAUCUUCAAUAUCGAAACAGCAGGUGUCUUCAUCCCCCUAAAAUACCGCCGUGAAAGAGAAGGCGUACUUUAGGGCUCUUGAAAGUCGUUCGAUAUGUGAGAGACACGAUUCCGACUUGCUGCGCGGAAUUUCAUAUUGAUAUUCCCACAUAUUCAUCUUCUGCAGAUCCAGCCGGUUGAGGAGAAAUCGGGAUCUGAGCUUCCCAGGAUUGUGAGCCACUGCUGUCAUGGGGCCCUUGGAUCUCUCAAACAGCUCAGAGGGGGCAGCACUGGUGCCGGGCAGUGCUCUGUCCACUCGAUGGCAUCAAGGCAGCACGAGCAGUGGCCGUACAGACCUGCACAAACCCGGCUUUGUCACGGAUGUCACGAAGCACCUGGGGGUACAGAUCACCCUCAUCGCGGCCUACUCCCUCAUCAUCCUCCUAGGCCUGAUUGGGAACUCACUGGUCAUUUACAUGAUCGUCCGAUACAGGAACAUGCGGACGGUCACCAACUUCUUCAUCGCCAACUUGGCCCUGGCAGACCUGAUGGUGGACAGUCUCUGUCUCCCCUUCACGCUGGUGUACACCUUGAUGGACGAGUGGAAGUUCGGGGCCGUUUUGUGCCAUCUGGUGCCUUAUGCCCAGGCCCUGAGUGUCCAUGUCUCUAUCCUCACCUUGACCGUCAUUGCACUAGAGAGGCACAGGUGCAUCGUCUUCCACCUGGGCCACCGCAUCUCCAAGCCCCUAAGCUUCGGCAUCAUAGCCCUCACCUGGGUGGCCGCGGCCAUCCUAGCAAGUCCCUUGGCCAUCUUCCGGGAGUACAGGUACGAGGAGAUCCCUUUCAUAAACCUGAAGAUCGCCGUCUGCUCUGAGAAGUGGCCCCAUGGAUCCAACCGGGACGGGAUCAUCUACAGCCUCUCCAUGCUGCUCCUGCAGUACGUGGUGCCCUUGGGCAUCAUCAGCUAUGCCUACGUGAGAAUCUGGUUCAAGCUGAAGAACCACGUGAGUCCGAGCAACAGGAGCGAGAGUGUCUACCGCCGGAGAAAGACCACCAAGAUGCUGGCUUUGGUGGUGGUGGUUUUCGGCGUGUGCUGGCUGCCCUUCCACAUGUUCCAGCUGGCCAGCGACCUGGACCUGAUCAUGAAGUUCAAAGACUACAAGCUGCUCUACACAGUCUUCCACGUUAUUGCCAUGUGCUCCACCUUCGCCAACCCUCUGCUCUACGGCUGGAUGAACAAGAACUACAGGAACGGCUUCCUCAUGUUCUUCCGCUGCGAGCACAAGCCCGAGACCAUCCACCCCGAGGGGUCCUUCAGGACCCGGUCUCACCGGGCCUUGACUCUGACCGGACCCAGCAUCGGACAGCGGCCCACAGCCGUGUAGGCCAAAUGCCAGGGAUGGGAGAAGCAGCUUCUGACGCUAACAGUGUCAUGUUUAACCUCAUUAGAGAGAGCACUGCUCAGUGCAAUUUGCAUAUGCCCGUUUACUCCGCACAAAAUCGUCAUUGAAAGGUUUGCAAGUGUUGCUUAGCCAGGAUUUCUAGUGUAGAUUUCUAGAUCAUCCUACAGACGCUUUGAAAACUUUCAAAUCAGAUCGUAGAAACAGAUGCAGUGGAUAGAAUCAAACCUUUUUACAUACAUCCAAUACUUUUCAAUGUAAAUAUUUGGUCAUUUCAUUUUCUCCUUUUGUCUUUAUUCCAUCAUGCACCUUAUUCCACUCAAUAUGUUUUUUUUAAUCUUUCCUCCACCCCACUGUUCCCUUCUUAAGAAGCUAAUUGAAUUUCCAUUUCUGAUCACCUGUUUCACUUUGCUUUGUCUCUUCAUUUCUCUGCGUCUCUGUGAGGCUGACUGGAAAGCUUUUCUUGCAGGCAUGAAACGACGUGAAACUGAAACAAUGUCUUUGGUAGCAAGCACUAUGUUGACAUGAAGGAAACUCAUGCCUUCAGCUUCGUGCCUUUUUAUUCUUAUCUUUUGGAAAGUCUCUACAUUCUGCAAUCUUUUAAACUUCUGCCACGUUUAUUUAAUCACAGUACCUUGGGAUGAUAGUCUUCAAGACUGCUCGAAUGAAGAGCCAAACAGCGCUCUCUGCUAUGUGUGGAACAUGACCUUAUCUCAUUAACCAACUGUUAGCUAUGUGCUCUGAAAAAUAUUUUGCCAGAACAUAAGCUAAACUCUCUGUUUUCAGCCACACUUCAGCUUAUUAUAUAAUGAACCCAAAUGUCAUUUAAUCAUAGCAGCUUGGUAUGAGUGUGUGCUGACUUAUCUGGACUUGGUAGCAGCUGUCACUCAGUUUGUGGGCCGGACGAUCCUACAGUCUUUUACACUUUAGAGCAUGUGUCGAAACGCAACAGACGUGGUGUUGCUUGUUGACAAAAAUAAACCAGAAAAGAAAGUGCUUUGACAGAAGCCUGAGGAGAAAUGGAACUUGCCAGGUUCACACAAGAAACCAAGAAAGCAUUAAUUUAAGAAGCAGACAAAGUAUUAGACAAGCUGGUUAGUGUAUAUAAGCAUUUUAGAUUGGGUGUAAUGGGCAUCUGCAUUGUCUCCAAGUGAAACGGCAUGUUUAUGAAGGAGUGAGAAGCAAAUUCGCAUCAGAACUAUUAUUAGCCCAACAUGCAUCACUCGCCAUGCCCAGGAAAUGUGUGUUCAAUACAGACAGGUGCAGUCUCAGGGGUUGAAGUCCUCCAGGGCUUUCAGUGCAUCCCAGUCUGCAAUGGAUUUAGACCUAGCAACUACAUGAUUUCAGUUCUUAUGCAAAUAAUCGGUUUAAUUAAGACUCCAAGAUUAGGCGGAAAGUGGAAAGCAGGUAACUCCGCAGCUCCUCCGGUCUGAUUAGGUUUAUAUAGUAAAUCAUCAUUUUUUUUGUUUUAGGUUAACAGAAUUUAGAUAAAUAUGAAAAGGCUUUUUAAGAAGCUUUAUACAAACAUAUAAGGGAAGAAACACCUUUGCUAAAUUGAAUGAUAUAUCAUCUAUAGUUAAUGAACUUUGCAAUUGCUUCCAAAAAUGGUUUUAAAUAGCUGCUAUGAUCAAAAGAGGAUAACCUCUUAAUUAAGAACCUUGUCAGGACAGAACACUUAAUUUUUCAUGUACACUUCUGCUCGCUCAUACACUGAAGCAUGUAAGUAAAGUAAGCAAUUUUGUACUACAUCCAUUUAAGAUACUGUAUAUCAGUUACAACAAAAGCAAGCAUUGUUAUUCUUCUGAUUCUGGAACAGCACGCUACGGUUCUGUCAAUUUUCACAAACCCAACAAAACAAAUUGGUGUACUAAGGAGCAUGUUUUUUAAAGUGAUGGCACUGGCUUUCUAUGAAGAGGCAAAUUUUGCAGAGUAAUAAUUACAAGAGGCAUUUCUCUCCAUAUAUUUACUCUACAAUAAUCGGGUGAGGGAAUGGGGGGCAGAUGUUAUUUUAAUUUUUUUUCUAACUGUUAGAUCCAUAAGCCCAGCUGCCUGGCCCCUCUCUCACUGUGAUCGAAAGACCUCUUACCUAAAUCAUGGCUUCUCAGCUCAGUAUGGAAUAUUCCAUACAGGUCUGAGGAUCUAGGCAGCCAGUUCACAUCCCACCCACAGCUCCCUGACAGGCUGCUGGGAAAACAGUGUGUAUGAUUCCAUUCACAGGAGUCUGCUGUAUUAUUAAUUGUGCCGAUGUUCUGCUCAGACUGAGAAUGUAACCCACUCUGAAAUGAGCCAGCAGGAGAGGAAAGAUGGCAAAGUAGUGUUCUUGUGGGGGAUGCUGACAGUGUGGGGCAGAAACUCUUACUGCACAGACAUGCAAAAUCAUUUAAUGUUUGUGAAUAAGUAAAUACAUUUCCAUGCUCUGAGGACUAACCCAAGUGUGUGGCAUUUUCCAAAAGCAGUAUUUUCUGAAACUAAAUUUGUUCUAUUUUGUAUAUCCAGUUGAGAUUCUUUUAUGAAAACAGAGCUCCUUAAUGUAAAAAGAAACCUGUUAAUUGCUGGAGUUAUAUUGUGUUCUGAUCUCAUUCUUUUGUUAAAAACAAAAAAUAUAUGUUUCUGUUUAUAUAUAUAUUUAGAUACACAUGCUGGGGAUUGGAAGGCGUUCAUAACAUGAUGUGCAAAAACAUUAAUUCCAGAAUAUGCAUGCUGUCUCAGUGAUACUGAAGUAAUGUGUGCACGUGAACAAGUAUGCUUUAACUCCACAUUGUUCACUGAACCUUUAUAUUUUAUUUGAAAUAAAAUGUAAAUAGUUUUAAGCAGAUAUGCAUCACUGAAAGUAUUUAUGAAUUUGCAUUGUCACCUUAUCGCACAUUUAUUUUGUCAUGAAUAUAGUUGUAAAAGUCUUAUUAA